AUGCUUCUUGAUGUGGCCGGUUUGGUACCCAACGCUCAUUUGGGCAGAGGUCUCGGGAACAAGUUCCUCAGUGACUUGACUGAGGCGGAUUGUCUACUUCAUAUCGUUGACGUCAGUGGAACAACUGAUGCGGAGGGAAAAGAAACCAGAGGUUAUGAUCCACUUAAGGACAUCGAGUGGCUCCAGGAUGAGAUUUUCCGCUGGAUUUUGGGAAAUUUGACAGAGAAAUGGGGUUCCGUGGUGAGACGCCAUAUUGCUACCAAAUCUACGACGUUAGAGACGUUGAGACAGCAGCUAGGCGGUUAUUAUGCCAACAAACAGUUAAUCGGAAAAGCUUUGGAUACCAUCCCGGGAUUACCCCCCUUGAAAGACUGGGACAAUGAAAUGGUGGAACGAGUAGUGAAGGCGUUCAUGUCGGUCAAGUUCCCAACAGUGCUAGCAUUGAACAAAAUGGACCACCCGGACGCAGACAAGAACGUGUCAAAGAUCAUGCUCAAGCAUCCCGAGCUGAAGUGCGUAUUGACCUCUUCGCUCACAGAAGUGCUCUUAAGGAAGCUAGCGGCACAAAACUUUAUUAAGUAUGACCUGGGCACUGAAUUCGUCGACACUGCCGAGGACUUACCGGAUGCUGGGCUUCGCGAAAUGGACGAGAAGCUCCAGAACAGAAUAGAAAAUAUCCGUGACUUGGUACUUUACAGAUUUGGGUCAACAGGCGUCGUCCAGCUUCUCCAAGCUGCCGCCGAUGUAUUAGACCUUGUCCCCGUCUUCCCAGUAAGAAACAUCAGCUCUUUCACGGGAACUUCUGGCUCGGCUGUGUUCAGAGACUGUAUUUUGGUAAAGCGUGGACUGCCGGUGAUAUCGGUGGCCCGUAAAAUCAUGGGCGAUGUGACUAUCGCAGCCAUUGAAGGUGUAGGGGGAAUUAGAGUGGGUGAGGAGGAUACUGUUGAUGUGGGAAAGAACGAUAUUCUUUCAUUCAAGUUGGUACCAGGUGGUCAUUAG